CAGUUUGCGGCGGGCAACACGUCCCCGUCGUCGACUCCUCUCGUAAAAUCUCCAGGCAACGCUACUCCCCCCGCCGCGGUUUUUCGCCUCGCCGCCGCUUCCUGCCCUCCUCUCCCGGCGGCACCGCCCUCGGCGAACUCGCCACAUCCCCAUUGCCCCCAUCGCCCGCCCGAAUUCUUUACUCAAAUCAUCCAUCGUCGGCUCGUCCCACUCCCACCUCCCAAAGCGACCCAACCACGCCACCCGCGAGGUCGACGAUCCCGUCCAAAUCCACGCGAUUACAACAAGGCCGACCCAGCGUCCCCCCUCCCUUGCUGCUCGCAGCCAGUGCCUCCCAGUCCCAGUAUAUAGCAGGCGAGGGGGGGCGGGGCAAUGGUUCUCCCGCUCCGCCUGAUCCCGCGCUUGGCUUCCGCAGCCAGGUUGACGCCCUCGGCCUCCUGCGCUCCCCGGCUGGUCCUGCGGCGCGCGCCGUUACUACCGGUGGCCCUCGCGAUGGCGUCGGCGUACAGCGCCGGUUCCGGCGCGGACAGGAGGCUGCUGUUCAGGCAGCUGUUCGAGAAGGAGAGCUCCACGUACACCUACCUCCUCGCCGACGUCGCCGACCCCGACAAGCCCGCCGUGCUGAUUGACCCUGUCGACAGAACAGUUGACAGAGAUCUUAAUCUUAUCAAGGAAUUGGGCUUGAAGCUCGUGUAUGCUAUGAAUACUCAUGUACAUGCUGAUCACGUCACUGGAACAGGACUAAUAAAAACUAAGCUACCUGGAGUUAAGUCUGUUAUUUCAAAAGCUAGUGGAGCAAAAGCUGAUCAUUUUGUUGAUCAUGGGGACAAAAUACACUUUGGCAACCUUUUCCUUGAGGUGCGAGCUACUCCAGGCCAUACCUCUGGCUGUGUGACGUAUGUUACAGGUGAUGCUGAUGGUCAACCUUCACCAAGGAUGGCUUUUACUGGUGAUGCCUUAAUUAUCCGGGCAUGUGGAAGGACAGAUUUCCAGGGAGGAAGUUCUGAUCUGCUGUAUCAGUCAGUGCAUUCACAGAUUUUCACAUUGCCAAAGGAUACACUGUUGUAUCCUGCUCAUGACUAUAAAGGUUUCACGGUAAGUACUGUUGAAGAGGAGGUUGCCUAUAAUGCUCGACUCACGAAAGAUAAGGAAACUUUCAAGACGAUCAUGAGUAACUUGAACUUGUCAUAUCCGAAGAUGAUGGAUGUAGCUGUACCUGCCAAUUUGGUCUGCGGUAUCCAGGAUCCGCCACCGAAGAUCUGAGCUGUUCCAGUGGAAGCCUGCAGCUGCACUUCUGGUUCUUUAUGAACUCCGAAUCGACACCAGAGCUGAGUUGUUCAUUAAAUAAUUUGUUUGCUGCAGCCUGUCAAUGGCCGGUGUAGCCUCUGGUUGUAUGUGGCAAGGCACUACUGUUUGGUGAGAUCAAAAGGAACAAUACUAAUAAUAAAUACAAGGUUCUCAUAAGCUGCGGAUAUUA